AUGACCGUGGUCUCAGAUGAUCCCAGUUUUUGGCCGAUAAUCAAUGCGAGUCGUAUUGGCAGCUACUUUACAGUUGUCGCUGCUGUUGGUGUAAUAUACGAUUGGGCCCUGUCAUCCGGACAAGAGAUUGAACUGAUCUGGAGGCAACGCUGGUCCCUGAUGACUGCCCUGUACCUCAGUGUGCGCUACCUUGGAAUAAUAUAUGCUGUCAUCAUCGUGCUGCUGACCGUUCCGACGAUCUCGGGGACAGACAUGCAAUCCAGAAAGGUGCUGAUACUUAUCGUUGUCACCUUGCUGGCCACCAGCAUCGUUGAUGGAGUCGUCGUCGCAAUACAACUGUGGAACAUUACGGCGGAGGAGGUCAUUCUCUCCGGUACCUAUCAGUGCCUUAUUAACGUUAGGGGAGAUAGCAACCUUAUGACUUCCAUAUCUUGGACAUUCACCACUAUAUGGGAGGUCCUCGCACUGUGUCUCGCAGGUUGGAUUGCUGUAAAACACUUCCGUGAACUACGAGGACAUUCGGCAGGAUGGAUUAUUGGGGACUGUUUCACAGUGUUAAUGAAAUCUCACGUGGUUUACUUUGCGAGCUUUCUUGCUAGUUCUUGCCUCAACUUCGGCAAUUUGUCUCCAACACUUGCGAACACAUUUACCCUGGGAAGUCAGAUUUAUUAUGGUCUUUCUCAAAUUGUCUUUCUCGUGCAGAUGUUUGUCCUGGGGCCACGCUUGAUCCUUGGCGUUAGAGAGUUUAACGCUAAGCUCGUGGACGACUCGGAUGCAGCAACCGCCAUGACUUCAAUUGCUUUCCAGGAGCACGUGCAUGUGUCGACUAGCAGCAGUGUGUAG